AUGAAGGACACGGAAUGCUUCAUUCCUUCCCUUUCAAUUCGCGGUUUUCAAUUAGCAACCCAAUUUAGAACCUCAAGCGUUAGAUUUUUUUGGAUUUCUGUUGAUAUCAUGAACUCCAUUCACACUUCAGAUGGCAAAAGGACCGCGAAAUUUCGCAAACUUAAAAUCUUUGAUACACAAAUCGUGUUGAAUUCGCUUAUAAACAAUACUUGGGGUGUCGAAGAAAGAUACUGUAAUGUAUUCAAGGAAGGAUCCCCAUUUACAAUACGUAUAUUGGCUCUUAUGCAGUACUAUAAGAUUGCUGUUAAUGGCCGUCAUCUUUGCGAUUAUUUGCAUCGACUGAACCUAAAUUCAGUUAAUUCAAUUUUCAUUGGAGGAAAUGUUUCCAUCGACUAUAUUCAAAUUGAAGGCGACGUAUGUUUUUGA